AUGCAACAAUCAAAAGAGUGGCAGCAUCAGCAUCAACAGCAACAACAGCCAUUGCCUAUGACCCAGCAAACUCCGAUGGAGAGCACAAAGCCUGGUCCGUCUUCUUCCCCCAAGUCUGAAUCUGAUCACUAUGGAUACUUACGUCAAUUAAACAAUAAUUCAUCCAAUCGUUAUGAACAAACCAUCAUGGCUCGCUCUCAGCCUUCAACACCUCAUCCUUAUCCAAUGACUCAGAUGAUAAAAAGCACUAGAUCUCAUUUCAAUACACAAGAGUGCAGUCCAAGAUUCUUACCCACAAAAUCAAUGGCAAACUUGUUAUUAUCAGAUAAAUCCACAUUAUCUCCCAUCCAGAUACAAGCCAAGAUGGAUCGCGGCUUUUUCUUGGCUGAUGAUGAAUGGACCUGCUAUCGACGAAACUAUUUCCAAGUCAGUGCAGUCUUUUCACUCGCUUCUUAUCCAGAGGUAUACUAUGUUCAAACUCAUCGUGGUCCACAGUAUGUUCAGCGUUUCUUGAUCGGUCUUUCUGCCCGUGUGGCCAACAGUGAUCGUGAUAUAGAGCUCGUACAGCAAACUCCAAAACGCGACAAAGGCCCUCAAUAUAACCCGACGCCCAAACCCGUUGUUCCUGGCGGCUACCUAUCUUCAGGCAAUUCACAACACGAAGCUCAUCCUCAACAAACCAUUGCUACCUUUGAGCGACUUCAAUUCAAAUCGGCAACCGCUAAUAACGGCAAGCGAAGAGCAGCACAGCAAUACUUUGUAUGCGUUGUCAGUCUAUACGCUGAAACAAAGGACCAGCAAGAACUGAUUCAGAUAGCCAGUUGUCAGUCUGUGCCCUUGGUCGUACGAGGCAGAAGUCCUGGACAUUAUGCGGACACAGCCAAAACAUCGUCAUCUCCUGUAACGCCUGUCAUGCAAGUGAACGACAGCUACUACUACUAUCAUCCAGUACCCUAUUAUCCAUGCGAGGAAUCACCCUCGACUACAAAAUUGCCUUAUGAACCAUAUGAUUGGCAAAGGGCUAGAUAUAAUAGCACUUCUUCUUCUGGAUCUUCUUCAGUUACUUCUCCUCAUCAACCAUCCCAGGAAUCUUAUUUUCCUGCUCCACCUCAUCCUCUUGCUAACGUAAAGCAAGAAUAA